ACCUUUCCAAAACAAGGGUUUGUUUUUCACUCUACCGUCCUAGCACAUAGUUUCUUCUCUUCUUGGCGCUCCCGCUGAAGAGAGAGAAGAAAAGAAGCUCACUUUCAUCUCCCUUAAGCUCUAUUUAUCAAACCUCCUUUUCUUUUUCCCUUUCAGAUUCAGCGUUUUACGUAUCGCUGAGUUCUUUGUUCUUUUUAUCGGCCGGCCGGAAAUUGAAUCUUACGUGAGAAAAGAUCGAGUUAUGCAGCAGGGUGAUCAGACGGUGUUGAGCUUAAGGCCUGGUGGUGGUCGAGGGAGCAGACUCCUUGGUUCUUCUUCAUCAUCAUCCUCUUCCUCUUUAUCCUUUGGUUCCAUUUCUUCCGAUCUCCCCCUUUUUCGUCCCCAUGGCGGCGCUACUCCUUCGUUUUCCAUUAAGGCUGGAGACUCACGAUUUGAGGGUCGUGAGCGUGUACGGUACACUAGGGACCAGCUUCUACAUCUUAGGGAGGCUGUAGAAGUUUCUGAUGAGAUUCUCAAAAUCAAACGAGAAAUUGAAGUGGAACUCUUUGGUGAAGAUCAGAACUGGAGUCGUGGAGAAAGCAAUCCGCCGAAUCAGAUUCAGACUCGUUACUCUGAGCCUGACAAUCGUGAUUGGCGUAAUCGUUCAGCACAGUUUCCUUCAACUGGAGAGGAGAGGUCUUGGGAAUCACUUCGGGAUAGAGAAUUGGGGAACCGUUAUGAAUCUAAUCUUCAAGAUCAACUCAACUCUCAGUUCUCGAGGGCUCAAGUCUCUUCUAACCAAGGGGGAGGACCAACUCCAGCGUUGGUUAAGGCUGAGGUGCCAUGGUCAGUGAGAAGGGGGGCUCUUUCCGACAAAGAGCGUGUUCUAAAGACUGUGAAAGGAAUACUGAACAAGUUGACUCCUGAGAAGUAUGAUCUUCUGAAGGGUCAACUUAUUGAUUCUGGUAUCACAUCUGCCGAUAUCUUGAAGGGUGUUAUUUCUCUGAUUUUUGAUAAGGCUGUUCUGGAGCCCACUUUUUGUCCUAUGUAUGCUCUUCUGUGUUCUGAUCUUAACGAUAAGCUCCCUCCAUUCCCAUCCGAUGAACCUGGUGGAAAAGAGAUCACAUUUAAGCGAGUCCUCUUGAAUAUCUGUCAGGAGGCAUUUGAGGGGGCUGACAGGCUUAGGCAAGAAGUGGGGCAGAUGACUACCCCUGAAGAGGAGAUGGAACGUAGAGAUAAAGAAAGGAUAGUCAAGCUUCGGACUCUUGGUAAUAUUCGUUUAAUUGGUGAGCUUCUAAAGCAGAAAAUGGUACCUGAGAAGAUUGUGCAUCACAUUGUACAGGAGCUCUUGGGUCCUGAUACUAAAGUUUGUCCUGCUGAGGAGAAUGUUGUGGCCAUUUGUCAGUUUUUCAACAUUAUUGGUAAACAGCUUGAUGAGAUUCCAAAAUCACGGCGCAUAAAUGAUGUCUACUUCAACAGACUGAAGGAAUUGACUAAAAAUCCUCAGCUUGCACCAAGAUUGAGAUUUAUGGUUCGUGAUGUCCUUGAUCUACGUGCAAACAACUGGAUUCCCAGACGUGAGGAGGUGAAAGCCAAAACAAUUACAGAAAUUCAUUCGGAGGCUGAAAAAAAUCUUGGGCUGCGCCCAGGUGCUACUGCAAGUAUGAGGAAUAGUCGUGUUGUUUCUGUUGGUCCAGUAAGUCCUGGUCCCGGAGGUUUUCCUAUCACUCAUCCUGGUACUGGGGGUAUGAUGCCUGGAAUGCCGGGAACUAGGAGGAUGCCUGGUAUGCCUGGAAUGGACGAUGGUAAUUGGGAGGUUCCCAAAACCCGCUCAAUGCCAAGGGGUGAUGGAAUUGGUACACAGCCUGGAGGGCGUGUCCCGUCACCAUCAACCAAUAAGUUGACACCUAUGAAUCCAAGGCUGUUACCUCAAGGUAGCAGUGGUCUGAUGAGUGGUAGGACAAGUGCCUUGUUGCAGGGUAGUUCUACCCCUCCUGCUAGGCCAUCCAACUUAAAUUUAGAAGUUGAGCCUGUUGCACAACCUUCUCUUUCUACCAAACCCACUGCAGUGACUGCCAUGUCUCCACCACCAACUCAGACUGCCAGACAUAACCCAGAUCUUCUGAGAAAAACACGGGCACUGUUGGAGGAAUAUUUCAGCAUUAGGUUGCUGGAUGAAGCGUUGCAGUGCGUGGAGGAGCUAAAGUCUCCAGCAUACCACCCUGAAGUCGUUUCUUUAGCGAUCUCCAUUGCCUUGGAAAAAGAAAUGGAAGAUGACUUCUACCAGAAAGCCGUGCUUGAUGCAACAAUGAGAAUAGUUACUUCAGAUCCUUUGGGGAAAGCGCUGUUGGAUGCACAGGCGACCGAGGUUGAGGCCUGUAAGAAAUUCUAGGUUUUGCAUUCUAUUUUUAGUUACCAUCCAUCCAUCCAUCCGUGCACAAGGACUAGUGCUUUCUAUCACCUCUCAACUAUAUCGUCGUCCACUAAAAUUUCCCCCUUGAGUAAUUUUGAUUGAUGAAGUGCAGCUUCCUGUCAAUGACAGGCAAACUUUUAUUGAGUCAUUUUUCUCCGGGUUCGUAGAGAUGUGUUUUAUCGAGGGAAAGAAAAAACAAACACAAAUGCCAUGUAUUUUGCCCUUUGGCUAAUACAUGAAGUUCCCGGAAAGGAAAUGGUCACACUACCUAAAAGGGGAUCCAGUUGUUUUCUAUUUU